AUGUUAAUCGGCUUAGUCAGUGCCGUAUUACGCCGUUCUCUCGGCCGAUAUGUGGAAAAUAUAGACAGUGAUAAAUUGUCCUAUAGUCUCUACCAAGGGCAGGUUGCUCUCAACGAUCUCGUCCUCAGGCCAGAAGCUCUUACACAUCUACUCGGGCUACCAAUCAAACUUCGAUCUGGCAUAAUCAGUCGUGUUCUGCUACAGAUACCAAUCACACAACUGCGCAGCCAGCCCUGGUGUAUUACCAUUGAGGGCGUACAACUCGAAGUCUCCUCAGAAGACGAUGACGACGAGCAGGAUGACCGCAGCGCUGAGAACUCAAACGCGACGGAGACACCAGAGAAUAAAAAGGCUCGCCUAUGGCAAGCGAAAAAGGCCUACCUGGACCGCCUGGAAUCGCGCUGGUGGCAGAUCGUUCAGCAAGGUGGCAUGGCUGGCGCAACUGCAGUCGCCUCAACGGGUUGUCCACCCGAUUCCUCCUGGUGGUCCUACGGUGUCUCGCUAGUUUAUGGAAUUAUUCGGAAUCUGCAGGUUGAAAUUAAAGAUGUACACUUCUCCUUUGUCGGCGAGGCCGCCCUCCACGAAUCCUCAGUUUCCUCUCCAUCAGUGCCUUUCCAUUGGGGUGUUCGACUGAGACAAUUGUCUGCCCAAACCACCGACGAGUCCUGG